AUGACAUCGGCAACUAUCGUCCAAUCUGCUUACUGUCCGUCAUCUACAAGCUCUCUUACAAAAGUGAUCCUUAAUAGGAUUGAAAAAGUCUUGGAUGAAGGACAGCCAUGCGAGCAAGCAGGGUUUCGAAAAGGAUUCAGCACGAAUGACCACAUUCACACUGUUUCGAAACUUAUAGAGGUAUCUCGAGAGUACAAGAUGCCGCUCUGUCUCACCUUCAUCGACUUGAAGAAGGCCUUCGACUCAGUUGAGACGGAAGCGGUCGUGGAAGCCUCGGACAACCAAGGCGUCCCUACUCAGUACAGAAAGGUACUUCGAGAGUUGUACAGUAACUUCACGACCGGAAUUUCGCCAUUCUACAAGAACAUCAUCAUUGACGUGAAGAGGGGGGUCCGACAGGGUGAUACAAUUUCACCCAAAAUAUUCACAGCCACCCUCGAGAACGCAAUGCGAAAGUUGGAAUGGGACGACAUGGGAGUGAAGGUUGAUGGUCGGCAGCUACACCAUUUGCGCUUUGCUGAUGACAUCGUACUGAUAACACCAAGCAUCAGCCAAGCGGAACGAAUGCUGACUGAAUUCGACAAAACAUGUGGAUGCAUCGGUCUUCAGCUGAAUCUACAAAAGAUGUUCAUGCGGAACGGAUGGAUCUCGGAUGCCCCAUUCACGCUCAACGGAACGAACAUAUCCGAAUGCACCAGCUACGUUUGUCUCGGUUGGGAACUGAACAUGAUGAACGACCUGACCCCCGAACUGGGCAGGAGGAGACGAGCGGCUUGGGGAGCGUACAAGAGCAUCGAGGAUGUGGUGAAGAAGACCAGGAACACCCGGCUCCGUGCUCACCUCUUCAACACCACCGUACUUUCUGCUUUGACCUAUGCUUCGGAAACCUGA